AUGGCUACCCUGCCGUUCGCCACGUCAUCUGCACAAACGACCUCCACUUCUGGAGGCGUCGGGGGGUCUUCAGACUCCGCCCACCCGCCACCACCGCCCUCUUCAAAUGGAAAUCUUCGGAAUUCUCAUCAGAAUCUCCAAAAUCAGAAUCACCAGAAUUCCCAACAAAACCAUCUUCUGAAUCGACAUGCGAUCAGUGAUACGGUAGCGAUGGCUGGCGAUGAUUUGAGUAAUGUGCCGGCGGCAGUCAUUAUACAGUUAGAAAAAGCGAAUCGCACCAUCGCGUCCCAAACACUCGAAAUCGAGCGCCUCAAAUCCUACCAAAACCAACAUAUGGAGACUCAUUUGCUCAAAAAACAGUUACAAGACAUUGAAAAAGAGAUGCGGAGCUCGCGGAGUCGAUUCCUCGAGCAACAAGAGCUCCUCGCCGAAAUGUCACGUGAAAUGGACAAUUUGUUGCGCGAAAAACUGCAAAUGCAGCAAAAUUUUCAAGAUUUGGAGAAAAAAUACAAAAAAGCGAAAUUCGCGUCGAGGGAAUUGGCGAAAAUUUUGGAAAAUGAUCUUUGUGGCACGCCGAGUGACGGCUCAGACCGUCGUGGCGCUCCAGAAUCCGAUGAAGAGGAUUCUAGCCUAUUCCAACGGUCCCGAAGCCUUUCUAGGGCUCAAAAAGAGCAAGAAUUGCGUCAAAAAGCUGAAAAAAUAGUGGAAAAGUCGGAAAAUCGAAAAUCCGAAGAGCUUAUCGAUCGAUUGAUUAAUGAAAACGAAUCGCUGAUGAUCGAUUUGGAAAGAGAACGAAAAAUGACGGAAUCGCUGCAAGAUGAUCUUGAAAAAAACCGUCGAAUGGUUAUCGAGAGAGAAGAGACGCUGGAAGAACUGAAAAUGAAAUUAAACAAGGCGGAGACGAAAGCGCAACAGUGUGAAUCGGAUUUGACACGGACGAGUACUGAUUUGGCGAUGGAACGGUUGAGGAGUGAAGCGUUAACUGCAGAGUUGCAUGAGAUUGAGGGCAUUUUUAGAAAUACCCACGCCACAAUUCAAGCGUACGCCGCCGAAAACGAGCAACUCGAAGAUCGAUGCCGCGACGCGCAUCGACAAAUCGUCACGUUGAACUCGAAAUUAGAAGCCCAAGGAGUCGACCUGGUGACCACUAAACGGACGCUGCGAACACUCCGUGAGACGAAUGAAACGAGAAGUGGACCGUUUUGA